AUGAAGCACGGCGUUGGCGCGUGGGGCCAGAUCGCUGCGAGUGGCCAGCUGGCUGGCAAGACGUCGCAGCAGCUCAGCAGCCAGACGCAGCGGCUGCUGGGCCAGCAGUCCCUGGCUGCCUUCACCGGCCUGAAAGUCCACGUGGACCGCGUGCGGCGCGACAAUGAGGCGCGACCCGACGCCCAGCGCAAGGCCGGCCUCAUCAUACGCAGCGGCCCCAACCCUACAAAGGAGAUGAGGGCGGCGUGGCAGCGAGAGGCACGUGCGAGGUACGGCCUGACUGACGCUGACCUGGCAGAGGUGGACGAGCAGCUGGCGCAGCUGGCCGCACCACCUGACGCGCGCGGUGGCGGAGCGGGCUACGGCAGCGGCUUGGGCGGUGCCAGUGGCAGUGGUGCCGGCGCGGGCGACGGUACGGCCGCUGCAGGGGUGCUGCCUGACGGUUUCGACAUCCUUGCCGCAUCCGCGGACGGCCUCACGCACACCCAGCAGAUGGAGCUGCUGUGGCGCCUGCACGAAAACCUGGCGCAGCUGCUGCAGCGACUGCUGGAGCGCGUCCCCGGUCUGCAGGUGGCGGCAGGCAUCCCACUGGUGGCGCCUGCAGUUGCGGCGCCGGGCGCGGCAGCAGAGGAGACUGUCACAGCCAACCAGAAAUCGGGGGCGGUACAGGCAGGACCCAGGGACGCGUGGCUCGGUGUGGCGCACACAACCAGCAUCACUCCCAAUGGGCUUGGCAAGCCAACACCGCCUGCUGGCAGCGGCGGCGCGGGCGGCAGCAGCAAACCCAAGAAGAGAGGCGGCAAGCGCCCGUCGGCCGGCGCGCUUCCAGGCGGCGAAAGCAAGGUGCCUGCACGUGCCCGGCGGCGGGGCGCGCCAGACGGCGCUUGCCCGGCUGCCGCCGUCGCGGUGGCUGCGCGCGGCGAGGCGUGGCGCGCGAUGGUGGCUGCUGACGUGGCUGAGCUGGUGGACAUGGGUUUCUGCGCGGCAAAGGCAGCGGAGGCUUUGAAGGAGACCGGCUACUGCGGCGCCAACGCGGCCGGCAACUGGCUGGCGACACACUGCAUGUGA